AUGACAACGGGACUCUUAAUAUUGAUUUGUCUACUUGCUGGCUCUAUUUUAACGGACGCCAUCAGCUUCAAACAACGGUACCCCAACAUCAAAUGGCCAGCCGGCGACCUCGAGCAGCAAUUUCGAAGCAUAGAUGCCAACGCCGACAACAAAAUUGAGCAGCUGGAGUUAACCGAAGGUUUGGUGCUGAACAACUUGGGCCAUCUAUGGGAUGGCGAUCUGCCGGAUUUAUGGCAAACCGUCCUCGAUGCGGCUGAUGGCGAUCAUGACGGCCAGCUGAAUUUGGAGGAAUAUAGAAAGUUA